AUGGAGGCGCAUGCAAAGCUCCAGGAAGAGGAGAAGAUUCGGCUGGAGCGGGAGGUGGAGCAGCUGGCCCUGAAGCAGGGUGUCUGGGCCUGGGGAGACCUGCUCUGCUCUGCCUUGCAGCACUGGCAGCUCGGGGCUGUUGCUGGGCUCCUGCUCCUUCUCUUGGCCCUCUGGUGUAUCUGGAGGAAAAGGAGCCUGAGGAGAGAGGAGCAUGAAGAAGCAAAUGAUGGUGCAAAUGAAGAGGAAGUCAGAGAUGUGCAUGCAAACGAAGAAGGUGUUAGAAAUGAGGAUGUUGGAAAUGAAGAAGACAAUGAUGUGAAUGGAGGGGAAAACAACAAUGCAGAUGGCGAGGCACAGGAAGUUGACCAUGUUGCUGCUAAUGAAGAAGGUGACGUUGGAAAUGAAGUUGGCAAUGAGGCUGCAAAUGCAGCAAACAACAACGAUGUCAGAAAUGAAGUUGAAGAAGACCAUGAUCAUGACGAGAACUUUGGAAGUAUGGUAAUGGAUUGCGUAGAGUGGCCUCUACAGGACCUGCAGAGAGGAUGCAAGUGGACAACUGACCUGAUGGACAGUUUUACAAUUUACUCUCAACGUGUCUUGUCCAGCAGUUUCUACCCCGUGCUGCAACAAGCCAUUGGGGUGGGCAGUGCCUUUGAAGGUUGGAGUCCCCGUGAGCAGGAUGUUGUGUACCAGGUGCUCCUACCCAUGACUCCUCCCCGAGGACACAUCCACCUAGAGCUGGGCACUGCAGGGAAGAGGUGCACGAGGAACCUCCACAUCCGCAUGCAGCUGGAGUGCACCUGCACGAGGGAGCAGUGGGGUGAGAACAUGCUGUGCUUCCUGUAG